CUCGCUGCGUGUACUCCGGCGCCUCCUGUCGGUGUCUCCGUGUAGUACGCGCGAAGGAAUGAUGGGUUGGAUUGCGCUGUUGUUCCCGUAACCGGAGCCUGCAGAAGAUGGCAGAAUUUUCUCCGGUGCUGGAGCCGCACAGAGAAGCGGGCAACCGGUUCGGUUAUACCAUGUUCCCGGGCUCCGAGUCUGAGGCCGAGCUGUCCCUGAGUCUGGCUCGGAUCAAGACCCGUUCGUACGGUAGCACGGCCACCGUGACCGUUCCGUGGGCCGGGAAGUUCAUCGAGCAUCAUGUCAGCCCCGGUGACACUCUGCAAGGCAUCGCGCUCAAGUACGGGGUGACGAUGGAACAAAUUAAAAGAGCCAACAAAUUAUUUUCGACCGAUUGUAUCUUUCUGCGGAAAUCCCUGAGUAUUCCGGUCGUAGCAGAUAAGUCAAGCUUGUUUAAUGGACUUGGAUCAUUGGACUCUCCAGAAAAUGAAUCACUUGAUAGCUGUCCUCUUGAGACAAAGGAAGCUUUGGUACCUCAGGCAGAUAGUGGAUCUUCACCACCCUCUCCAGACACAAAACGUCCCACUGUUAGACUUGACGAAGAGCUGUCUGCCAAAGACUUCCUACAUAGACUGGACUUGCAAAUAAAGAUGUCUACUCAAGCAGCUAAGAAACUAAAAGAAGAAGAGACUCUCAGACAUGACGAGGACUCCUAUGCAACUUCCUCCUAUCAACAUUGAAAGAUGAUGUUACAUCCGCGUGAACCUCUAUGACCAAGGAUGGGAAUUCAACCAAACGGAAAACGACAACGGCUUCCGAUUUCAUCAAUAAAUACAUAGUGAUAUUUUUGCUAUGAUUGCACUAAAAUAAUCUUCAUUUUAAUAAUUCUGCGUCCUUAUGCCUUGACAAUACUAUGGUAGCCUUUUAAAUUAUCUACCACCUGAAGGUUGGCAGGAUUUUUGUUUUACUUUGUGUUUUAAUUGAUCCCCCCCCCCCAAAAAAAGGGACGUUUCAGGCCGAUAUCCUUAAGACUGUUUGUGACCUAACUGCAGAAUGUGCAAUAUUUAAUUUGCAAUAGAGUAUGUAUGUGUUUGAGUUCUUAUUGUUUGUUUUAAUCUACAUAUAGGUCACUUCAAUAUCUGCAGUAUUUUUUUCUUUUUUUUUUAUGUAUGCUGUUUGUAAAGAUUUAUUAAGAGGUUUUCCUGUGUGUAUGCGUGGGGAUGCAGUUCAUGAAAAAAAUAAAACCUACCAUGUCUCAGAA